AUGAGAUCCACCUCCAGUACCAAAAUAGUCAAGCUGGUUCGGUUUUCUCCACCGAAUACAACCACGUGCUGCAUACUUAAACCAAAAGUCAUAAAGUCAACCGGUGAUCACCGCUGCUCUGCAAAAAAUCUCCGGGCGAGAACAAUCAAAUUUCUCAGGCUAUUUUCUCAGCGAAAAGGAAAUCAAAUGGAUCAGGAAUCAUCACAGUGUCCCUUCGCUGCCGAAAGCAUCAUCCAAAAAUGUCCUUUUCUGAGAAACAUCAACAAGCCUACCAAUUUUUCCCUCUCCUCCUUGAAUUUCCCAAUUAAUGCGCAAGGAGGUAAAGGUCCAAUUUUUGAGGAUGGUCCUGGAUUUGAUUCAGCGUUUAAGCUCUUCCAUGGAAAAGAUGGUAUUGUGCCGCUUUCUGGACAUUCGAGCUUUGGAAACGAUUUUGAAGACGAGGCUGUUCGUGCUACUCCUCAAUUCAACCCUCUUGCGGGCAAAGUAGCUACCAUAAGCCUAUCAGCUUUUGGUCCUGGAGGACCUUUUGGCUUUGGUCCAUUCUCGGAGAAAUGGAAGAAACAACAGAAGAAACCGAAACCUUCAAGAAACCAACAGUCUGGGGACUCAUCGAAACACGAGGCAGUUGGAGACGAAUGGUUGAAAACCGGCAACUGUCCAAUCGCCAAAUCUUUUAGAGCUGCAAGCAAAGUCAUGCCUCUUGUGGCUAAAGCAUUUCAGCUACCAUCGGGUAUGAAGUAUAGAUGUCCAGCUCCUAUAGUAGCUGCAAGAGCUGCACUUUCCAAGACCGCUUUGGUUAAAAGCCUCCGUCCUCAGCCUUUACCUGAAAAGAUGCUUGCCAUCGCUCUCAUGGGGAUGGCUGCAAACGUGCCUCUCGGUGUAUGGAGAGAACACACCGUAAAGUUUUCGCCUGCAUGGUUUCUGGCGGUCCAUGCCGCUGUGCCGUUCAUAGCUAUGCUCAGGAAGUCUGUGCUGAUGCCGAAAACAGCCAUGGCUUUGACCAUUGGAGCUUCCAUCUUGGGACAGGUGAUUGGGUCAAGAGCUGAACGUUACCGUCUCAGAGCUGUAGCUGAGCAAAGAGUUGCUGAUACGUCUACUAUCACUGCUGGUUCUGAAUACAACCCGAUCUCUAGUGAUUCAGAGGUUUCUAAAGGAUAUUGUGGCGCAGGAGAAGGAGUGAAGGAGGUUUACUACAACGUGAAUGUCGGAGGAUCUGCUAAAUCAACUGGACUCUGUUAUUGA